AUGGGGAGCACGGGGCCCUGCCACAGCACAGGAGCUGCUCUGGCCCCUCUGCGCAGGCUGGCAAGACACCGCAAGAUCGUGGAGCCCGAGGUGGUCGGAGAAAGCGACUCGGAGGUGGAGGGGGAGGCGUGGCGCCUGGAGCGGGAGGACACCAGCGAGGAGGAGGAGGAGGAGAUCGACGAUGAGGAGAUCGAGCGCCGGCGCGGGAUGAUGCGUCAGCGGGCGCAGGAGAGGAAAACAGAGGAGAUGGAGGUGAUGGAGCUGGAGGAUGAGGGUCGCUCCGGGGAGGAAUCCGAGUCAGAGUCCGAGUACGAGGAGUACACGGACAGCGAGGACGAAAUGGAGCCACGUCUCAAGCCCGUCUUCAUCCGCAAGUGGGUGCGGGGGCAGUGCUGGGAGAGGGCCCGGGGGGCUGAGCAGACCCUCCUGCUCGGGGGCUGUGGGCACAGUGAGCUGAGCCUGGCCCCACUGCAGAUCGUGGAGGAGGAGGCAAAGAAGGAGCUGGAGGAGAACAAGCGGUCGCUGGCGGCGCUGGACGCGCUGGACACGGACGACGAGAAUGACGAGGAGGAGUACGAGGCCUGGAAGGUGCGGGAGCUGAAGCGCAUCAAGCGGGACCGCGAGGAACGGGAAGCCAUGGAGAAGGAGAAGGCAGAGAUCGAGCGCAUGCGCAACCUGACAGAGGAGGAGCGGCGCGCCGAGCUGCGGGCCAACGGCAAGGUCAUCACCAACAAGGCUGUGAAGGGCAAGUACAAGUUCCUGCAGAAGUACUACCACCGCGGGGCCUUCUUCAUGGAUGAGGACGAGGAGGUGUACAAGAGGGACUUCAGUGCCCCAACCCUCGAGGACCACUUCAACAAGACCAUCCUGCCCAAAGUCAUGCAGGUCAAGAACUUUGGGCGCUCGGGGCGGACCAAGUACACACACCUGGUGGACCAGGACACCACCUCCUUCGACUCGGCCUGGGGCCAGGAGAGCGCCCAGAACACCAAGUUCUUCAAGCAGAAGGCGGCGGGUGUGCGGGACGUCUUCGAGAGACCAUCGGCCAAGAAGCGGAAAACCACCUAA